CACACGCACACACACACACAAACACUCACACACAUACACAGGACCUUCUCCAUUUAGCCGCCAUAACAGAUUCAUUAAAUAGAAAGAGGCAAUUCAGUAUUUUACAGCCUUUAUACCAUCAAUUUACAAUGAAAGUAAAUCCCUUGUCGAUGAUUACAGGAAAUCAAUACAUCCUAUCAUUUCACUACCACAUUUAUAAUCUCACCAUUAGAUCUCACCAUUAUAACAAAGUUAAUCCACAUUAAUUACCAGAUAUGACCAUUCUGUUACUGACUUAUUACCACAACAAAUGGUGGUUUAUAGUUUAGAAACCUUUUUUAUACACAUACCCCUCCACCACCCCCACAGUCGCUGCCUUCAUACCUCAUAACUUGUCUGUAUGGCUGUAGAUGUAACAUAUCUACAUUGUUUUAUUGCCAAAUAUAUUGAGUAGUUGUAUAAUCCAGCGCAAACAAAACAGAUACAUAAGAAAAGAAGCGAAGUGAAAACUUAUUUUCCGCGGAAAUCCAGGUAUUCCGGUUCGAUUUUCAUUAUUGUCGCUGAAUUCUCUGCGUACUCUGCGUGUUUCGUUUACUUUCUAUGGUGUUCACACGGCUCUACUGAUUCCAUCGAUACUACAUGUUUGUAGGACCAAUGAGAGUCGAGAUAGAUGCCAUCAAAGCCAAUGAGUCACGUGAGCGAUGAAUCUGACAACCAGUCUUUGAAUGGCCAUAGCGCUGCGUCUGAGCGAGCCAAUGAGAUGGGACCUAGAUACCCAUGUAGCCAAUGAGGAUACUUUUCUUUAGACAUGUGACAAAUCAUCACAUUUUACUUUCUUGCCGGCUAAAUUCAAUGCGCAAUGCUCAUGGCCAGACGCCGAAGCAGUGGUUUGGAAGUUUGUUGCUAAACAAGCCAGAGGCAUCUUUUUGAAGGUUUUUGUUAGUAAAAAAAACAUGCCAAAGAGACAAACAAAAGCGAAACAUGUUGAAGAACCCGAGGACAUCGAUGAAUUGGAGGACAUCGAUGAAGGAGAAGAAAGCAAUUUCUCGGAAUGCGACUCCGCGGACGAACAGAACUUUUUAGCUGGGAAGGACCCUGAUUUCGAGCUUAAUAGCGAUGAAGACUGGGUCCCGCAAAGCAAAAAAACAAGAGCUGAGGACCCUGUGUCUGAGGAAGUGGAGCCGGUGGCCGAGACAAGUGGGACAAGGAGAGGAAAUGGUGCUGCAAGAAGCAGGGGGAGAGACCGAGGAAGGGGGAGAGGCAGGGGAAGAGGGCGCUCCCGUGGCAGACAGGAGAGCGGAGACGCAGCAGAGGGGGAACCAUGGCUUGGAACGGACAUCCAGGACACCAUACCUCCACAGCCCACAUUUCGCCCUGUGAGGACUCCUGGCCCCCAGCUGAUCUCUGCACAGUAUACAAUAUUACAACUCUUCCAGUUGUUCAUAACACGCUCCAUUUUGGAGACCGUGGUUGCCAACACAAACAAGUUUGGUUCGAGGCACCAUGAAUCCGAAUGGCACACAAUAACCAUACAGGACAUGUACUCAUAUCUUGCUAUGCUCAUAUACAUGGGCCUAUUCACAGCCCGUGCCAUCCCUGACCACUGGAGACAGUCAAGACUCCACAGCCCGGCCUUCCCCAGUAUUAUCAUUUCAGAACAAAAAUUCUCCCUCAUUUCAACAGCCAUCCACAUGAGUGACCCUGACAAUGACCAGGUGAACAACUCAAGGCGGGGCACCCCACAGUAUGACCGACUCACCAAGAUAAAGCCCAUGUAUGAAGAGAUGCGGGAGGUCUGCAAGGCAAACUUUCACCCUUACCAACAUGUGAGUGUUGACGAGAGGAUGGUGGCUUCGAGAGCGAGCGUCAGCUUUCGCCGAUUUAUGAAGGACAAGCCGACCAAAUGGGGCUUCAAACUGUUUGUCUUGACAGACUCCUCAAAUGGCUAUACCUGGGACUUUUUCGUUUAUGAUGGGAAAGGCCACAUCGGUGCAGGGAAUGGGCUGAGUUACGACUCCGUGAUGGAGCUGGUUUCCACUCAGCACCUGGGAACAGGUUAUAAGCUCUACGUGGAUCAUUUCUACACGAGCCCAAAACUGUUCUGCGACCUACUACAAAAGAAGGUGUGGGCCUGUGGGACCAUCCGCGCCUCCCGGAUUGGUUUCCCCAAGAACAGUCCAGGUGGCCUGGACAAUCGUUCGCCCAGGGGCACCAUCCGAUGGCUGCGGGACGAUCCCAUCCUCUUUGUCCAGUGGAAGGACACACAGGAUGUCCAGAUGUGCUCUACCCUGCACACAGCCCAUGCGGAUGAAACGAUAGAGAGAAGGGUGAAGGGGCCAGAUGGGAAAUGGACGAGCCAGGACUUGCCUGUCCCACCUGCUGUGAAGGACUAUAAUACGCACAUGGGUGGUGUCGAUCUAUCUAAUGUCCUGCACAAAACAAAAAAGUGGUACAGGUCACUGUUUUACCAUUUCAUUGACAUUGGCAUUGUCAACGCCUUUGUCCUUCACAAGGAGUUGGCAGCUCAAAGAGGCGAGAGGCCAAUGACCCAGAAUGCUUUUCGUGAGGAACUUAUCCUUCAGCUCACCGACUCUGGAGCCCCCACCACUGUACCCAAAUCGUCUAACGUAUCUCUGAGUGGAAUGCACCUCCCCAAACACACUGUUGGGGAUUCCACUGAAAGUCGCACGAGGUGCAAGCACUGCCACCAGAAGACCCCGGUCCGCUGUGAAUUCUGUGAUGUGGCGUUGUGUUUUGUUCCAUCAAGGAACUGCUUCUUCGACUGGCACCAACAGAACAUCCAGCAAUAGGAUGUAGCUGUGAACUUAAAUUUUAUGUAAAUAGUUUUUCUAGUUUUAUAGCUGUGCACUUUAGUUUUAUGUAAAUAGUUUUUAUAAAUACGUUUAUACUAUGUUGUUUGCAUUGUUAUUUUUUGUUAUGAGUAU